AUGUCAGAAGGCCGCAUCGUUGAGCAGAAUAUAAUCACAUCCACAAGUCCAAAGAGUAGCAGUCCAUUAAGCCCAGUUUCCAGAUAUACCAGUGAUGAAGACCAUCUACAACCGUACACAGGGAUCGAUCAGACGGUGGAAGAUGCUAGUGAUAUGAGUGAAGAUGCCGCUGCGUCAUUUAUAGGUGGUACAUCAGUCACAUCAAGGCCAGCAGAGGGUCAACAACCAUUAGAAGCCCAGGAAGAACUGUUUGAUGACCAAGUAACCACUGGUGAUUUAGAAAGUGGUAAAUUUAAGAAUGAGCACAAGACAUUUACUUUCCAAUUGCCAUUUGGUGGGAAAUCAUUAUCCCUGUUUCCUUCAUUCAAAAGUUUAAGACAAGGUUUACCCAUCAUUGGAACAAAUUCUGAUGAAGAUGAAGAUGGAGAUUCACAAUUCUCUUUAGAUGAAAUUAAAUACAAAUUGAAAAAACAACAAUCAAUCAGUACACUGGAAGAGAGUUAUCUAUUCAAGAACAAGAAAGGUGCUGAUAAUACCCGUCUAAGAGCUUUGAAAAAAGCUUUAACACCGAAUAUAGCUUUAGAUCUAUUAAGUAAUGAUGAUAGGAGACAUACUUUAGAUACCAUCUGGGAUGAUAUAGAUGGUGAUGUUGUGGUGAUUGGUGGGUAUAGAGGUAGUAUUCUUAGAGAUGCUCGUACACAUAAAAGAGUUUGGAUUCCUUUGAGAGCUGGUUUCAAUAUUAGAAAAAUUGACCUUAGAAUUGGACCAAGAGAUAAAGAUGAAGAUCGUGCACAAAGGAAAAUAAUACCUGAUGGGAUGUUAGAUCAUGUUGGUCCUGUUGAUAUUUCAAGAAAAUUAAAAGCAAAACUUGAUAAUGGUAAAACAAAAGUUCAUGAGUUUGGUUAUGAUUGGAGAUUAUCUUCAGAUAUAAAUUCACAAAAAUUGAUUGAUUUCCUUUCAACAUUAGACAGUAAUAAAGGACCAAAUAAGAGAGGUGCUAUUGUUAUAGCACAUUCAAUGGGUGGUCUUAUAACUCAUCAUGCAAUGCAACAAGAUCCUUCUUUAUUCCGUGGUGUUGUUUAUGCAGGUGUUCCAUCUGAAUGUCCAAAUAUUUUAGGUCCAAUUCGUUAUGGUGAUUCCGUUAUGUUUAGUUCCAAAAUACUUACAGCUGAAGUAAAUUUCAUGAUGAGAUCUAGUUUUGUUUUCCUUCCAAGACAUGGACGUUGUUUUGUUAAUAAAGAUACUUAUGAGACUUAUAACUUGGAUUAUUUUGAUCCUGAAGUAUGGAGUGAAUAUAACUUAUCACCAUUAGUCUCCAAGGAAAGAUUACAAAAACCUGAAAGAAGACAAAGUUUAGAACAUGCUACUCAUCAAAAACCAACACAUUUAAUAUCAUUAGAUAUGAAAAAAUCUUCAUCAACUUCAAAUCAUAAAAAACCAACUGAAGAAUUCCAUGCCACAUAUGAAGAAUCAAUGGAUUAUUUAUCAAGAACUUUAAAUAGAACUAAGAAAUUCUUGGAUGAAUUAGAUUAUGAACCAACAAAAAAAUAUCCACCAUUAGCCAUAGUGUAUGGUAAUGAAGUUCCUACAGUUAGAGGUGUUAGAGUUAGAAACCUACAAGAUAUAAAAGAUGGUGAAUAUGAUGAUUUUUAUUAUGGACCUGGUGAUGGUGUUGUUCAUCAUAAAUGGUUGAUGCCUGAAAGACGUGGUUUCCCAGUGGAAGCUAAAAUUGCAAGUGCCGAAGGUCAUAUUCAAUUAUUAACUGAUUUACCAGCUAUGGGUGCUGCUCUUGGUGCUAUAUUAUGUGCUGAGAAUCAACAAAAACAUGCUGAAGAACUUUAA